AUGAUUACGAAUAAAUUACGAAAUCUUCUGCCGGGGGAGAGUAUAGCGCAAGAGCUCAACCGCACUAACUUCAUAAUCAACGAAAGUGUGGAAGAUGCCCAGCUACUCAUGGUAUCUUUUUAUAAAACGGAAAAAGGAUGUGUACAAAAGGAGGAAAGGCAUACGCUUAUUUUUAUCCAAGGGCGAAAAGUCGGACAAGGCGGAUAUGGUGGUACUGUGACCUUGGAGGUGUUAAACAGAUCCCCUUCUGUCCAGCCUAAUCUUCCAUUUGUCGGCUUUCAGAAGCGUCUACCGUAUGCUACUCGAAUAUCUGAUGUCUAUCAGGCGUCCGGCUCUGAUGGUCGAACUGGUAAACCAGCCGGUGACAUUGGUUUCAUUCACAACGUCAGCAGCGACAACCGCGACACAAAUGUGGAAGGAAAUUAUUUUGGCUUUGAAACCGAUACCAGACUGGAGUUGAACUUUAAGGAUAAAUCAUCAAACGGUGAAAAUUCGUGUGCCAAACAAGUUCAACCUGGAGGUGGGACUUUAAGGAGGUAUACGUCGAUAGAAAUUAAAGAGGGUCUGUAUGAAACUAUAAGGCUGGUCGAAGCUGUUAAGAAGAAGGUUAUCCUACACCAAAACCUCUACCAGCAUCUCUCGCCAAUAAGCCAACGCAAAAAAAUGUACGAAACACUCCAAGCGAUGUUUUGCAGUCAAUUACAAUCGCAGCUAAUUAGCAGGGACGGGGUUUUGGCGAAACAAGUUCAAAGCAUUGAAAUUCACCUCGGGCAGCUGACUUUCAGAAAUCAACAGCUUCAAAUGGACAAUAAACGAGCAAAAAUGGUGAAGCCAGCCUGCCAACUGCAAUUGAAAGCCAACGAUGAUGAUUCUACUUCGUUACUGGUUCACAACCAGCAAGUUGUAACUGGACGUGGAGACGUGGCAUCCGCAUUGAACAUUGUAAUUGAGCCAAACCAAAUUCCUGAGGAAAGAAACGUCGAUUGUAUCAUCAAUGGUAUGAUACGAGAUCUUCAAAUAUUGAACGGAAAUUUAAAUCAUGAAUUUUUGGACAGCGUAAAAAAAAGCGUUUCCAAUUCCAAAACAAUGGAUCUUGAUGCAGCCAUACUGUCUGCUCGAGAUUUAAUGCAAGGGCGACGCCCUGCAGCGACAUUAGCGAGAUUCGAUACACGAAUGCGAGAAUGGUCAAAAAAUGGAUUAGAUCUUACAAGUGAUGAUGCGCUAGAAUGCUUUCUCCACGUCUACAGUUUCGCCGUGAAAGAGAAACUAGGAUUUUCUUUGCGUGAUGCCCAAAGAGUAGCAAUCGUGACACUAUUACGAAGACAACCGGAUUCUUGUAACACUUUGGUUCAAUUAUCGACCGGUGAGGGCAAGUCACUAAUAGUCGCAGGAGUCGCCAUCGCUUUUGCACUUUCUGAGAAGAAAAAAUCGAAACCGUUCGGUAAAAUCGACGUCAUUACCAGCAACAACGUGCUAGCCCUACGAGAUUCAACCCUGUUGUCCGACAAAGGAGGGCUCAGAAAUAUCUACCAAUUCUUCAACGUCAGCGUAGCCAACAAUAGCAGCUAUUCAGUAGAGGAACGCACAAAUGCCUAUGACAAAGCUGUGGUGUACGGAGAAUUGGCCAAUUUCCAACGUGAUUAUUUGUUGGAUAAAUUCUAUGGCUACGGCAUCCGUGGCAACCGGGAAUUCUCGCAUGUCCUUAUCGACGAAGUGGAUUGCAUGUUGUUGGACCGAGGCAACAACGUCCUUUACCUAUCGCACGACAUCCCCGGCAUGGACACUUUAGAAUCGUUAUACGUAUUCAUUUGGGGAAAAGUGUGCAACUCCACUGGAAAAGGGAACAAUUCAAAAGAACAAGGGAAAGAAUUCAUUCAAUCUGACGUGUUAUCCGACUUGUACGGCGUCAUAAAUCAAAAUGAUUUAAAGUCACUUCACGCGCCAUUAGAAGAUUUUGAAAAUGAAAAAGAUUCGUUGUGGAAUCAUCUGAUCAAAAAAGAAGUAAUUGACUCAAACGGACGUCUAUUGAUUAGUGAUGUCAACCAAAUGACAGAAGAGAAGAUCAACUAUACCCCGAAGAAUGCACAGUUCAAAGAAACCAAUCUCAAUGCGAAAUUGGUUUUCUAUUUGCGCAAAGUGGCCAAUCGGCAGCGUCGCAUUCGGAUACCUGCUCAUCUCCUCGGCUUUGUGGAUCGAAAUCUCGACACGGGGAUUGACAACGCCUUUCAUGCACUGGAUCUGAGGCGCGACGAAAACUACGUCAUCGAUCACGAUCGAACAGACACUAGUCCGGAUCUGAAUCCGCAAGUCAUUAUUAUCGAUCCCGACACAGGAACGGAUCAAAGUUUAUCGCAAUGGGACGGAGCCUUGCACCAGUUUCUUCAGUUGAAAGAAGGAUGUAAGUUGACGCUUCAAAGUCUCAAAGCUGUUUUCAUCUCGAAUGCCACUUACAUCAAAAAGUACCAUAAGAGAAUGAUGGGCGUGUCAGGGACGCUAGGGUCCGAACAAGAGCAGCAAUUUUUGGUUUCAGAGUACCAGUGCCGCUUGUUUAGGGUACCAACGGCGUUCCCUAAAGUGUUUACUGUUAAAUCGACUAAAGUAUUCUUGUCGGAAACACAGUGGCUACAGGGAAUAAUCCAAGAAACGCUGAACAUCCUUAAUGUACCAGAAGGAAAUCAGCCAAGGCGAGAACAAAAUGAUCAGCGCAUGAAAAGUCGGUCUAUUGUCAUUUUUUGUCGAACCAUCAGAGAAGUGAACAAAACUUAUCAACAGCUGAAAUUGCGUUUACCUAGUGACAGGAUCCAUCGCUAUACACGAGACUAUGAGAAAUUUGCAUUUGAAAGUGAUGAACUGGACAUCGGGCAUGUUAUUCUUGCCACCAACUUGGCUGGAAGAGGAACGGAUAUCAAGAUUAGCAACAGCUUGAGAGCGAAUGGAGGUCUGCACAUCUGUUUGACUUAUUUACCUGAAAACGAAAGGAUCACAGAACAAGCGAUGGGCCGAGCGGCAAGGAAAGGAGAUCCAGGAAGUGGAAUCCUCAUUUUAUGCGACGAUCGGAGUCGGCAUACGUCGGACAAGGAUGAAGAAUUUGACACUGAAAAAAUAUUGACCAAAAUGAAAGCGAGACGAAACGAACAAGAAAAGCAGCGGUUAUCACGAUUGAAAGAGGAUUUUGAAAACAAUGAAAGGCAAGAAUAUUUGUUCGAAAAUUUCAUCACAUUUUCUGAACAGAAUAUCAAAACAAAAUUAAAGGAAAGCUGCAGGGAAAUCUACCAAUACCGACAGGUAAUGAUGCAAGCCAUUCGUGAUCGUGCCCUAGACAAGUGGGCCCAUUUCCUUGACGCAAAGGAUUCCAAUUGCACAACUGAUUUUCCAAUGGAAGUGCCCAAUCUUGACAACUUUGACGAUGUAAUCAACUGGAUCACGCCUGUUCGCGCGGUUGCUGUUGCAAAGGAUCUUGCCAUUCGAGAAGAACCAAACUUUUCCUUGGCCGAUCAAAUUUUGAAACGUGUUAUCAAUUCGGACAGCGGUUUCUUUUAUCCAGCUGCACUUUACUAUCAGGCAUUCAUUUUUCUCAAAGGGAACAAGUUCUUGAAAGAAACAAAUGACUUCAUUCGCAUGGUGCGAGUUGCGGAGACGAUUAUCAAUGACCACAUCGAUACGCAACUGUCUUUUAACAAUGUAGUGAGCCAAUCAAUGUCAAAUUUUGUGAAAAUUCCUUCGUUUUGUGUCAUUGAUGGCUACAAAGAGCAGAAAGAAAAUAAUGUGAAAAUCAUGGAACAUUUCCUCGGCUCUCUCCGAUCCUUGGUGGGUAAUUAUUGCUCCGCCACAGAACUUCGUGAAGCCAGUAAAGCUUCUCCAACAAAAACUAGUUUCUUCGAAAAAACUGUCAGCAAAAUUGCAAACUUUAUCAGCAGCGAUAACAACAAAACCAUAAAAGUGCAAGGAGGCCAGGAUAUUCAUACAGAGAACACGAAUAAACAUUUUAAAUCUCUAGUAGAAUCAGGAUGCAUUGCUUGUUAACUGAAUCAUCCCGACACCAUCCCGAAUUCCAGCAUUUCCCCCAAACAAGUAGACGUCCACAAGUCCAGUCGUGACAAUCGAAGUGCAUUAAUCCAACAGAUUGCCGACGACUACGGUAUACCUGCUGACGACGGAAAACUCGAAAAGAUCCUCGAAUCCAUUUUCGGCAAAGCCUUAACUGAAGAAGAGGGGGAAGAGGAAUUAGAAAAAGAAAAUGUGAUCCCGUUUAGUAGGAAGAUGUUCUGGAAGAAACUCGUCGAUACUAAAGUUUUGGAGAUUCCAAAGGUCGGCGUCGAAAUGGAAUGCGUCAUCAUGUCAGAGACGCAGUGCGACGGAAUUCCCCAGAUUGAUAGGAAUGAAGCUAUCUCUUUAGACUUUGGAAUCGGCACUUAUAACCACGAACGGAACUGUGUUAACGUCUUAUACCAUCCGAUAUACGACAACGAAGAGCAACUAAAGGAAAGGGAAAAGAUUGCGUUUCCCAAAACGUAUGUCAAACGAAUCCUAUCCGUCACGGAAUAUGAAAUUCGAAAACAAGAUUUCGAGUUCAAUAAGAUCGCCCGACUGGACCUCAAUAAACUCAAAACGGUUGAUUUGGGGGAAUUCGGCCGUCUGUUUAAUGAGGAUUUCUAUCUGAUCAAUAUAAUUCCUGCUGAACGGGUUGGACUUUGGAACGAAUUGUUGAAGCAAAACGUGAUCGAUGAUCAAGGUCUUCUCGCGGCUGAUUACGAUGUUACCAAAGGAUUUGAAUAUUCACAGUGCCCAGUUUAUGCAGAAGCUGUGAUGCAGCUCAUUGGACGAAAGUUUGUCGCAGAAAUUGUUAGACGUCAGUGGCGAAAGAUACAAGGUUCAACGUCUGAAGGUAGUCCUGAUUAUCUGAAAGCCAUCAACUUGUUACCACUUGAGCCGUACCGAGAUAUGCUGGGCGAUUUGAUGUCGGCUCACGUCAUUUCUGGAGCUCGAUUAAUAGAAGUUGAUGGUAGGAAAUUAAGAAAAGAAAUUUCGAAAUUAAAAUCUGCUGACGAACAAGAACGUAAAGUUCUUUUGGAAUUCUGCGAAAAUCAUCAAUCUGUCUAUUCGAGGAAAAUGACAUCAGAAUUUUACCUCGACUCCUUGGAACGUAUUUUACGCAGUUCCUGUUCCAGUAACAUGUUCAACGAACUCAUUCUUUUCCGUCUAAUGGAACUGGACAGUAUUAUCGACGUAAAGAAUCGGAAAUGGUCGUGGAGGAUGAUUUGCCUAACUUCACUUCUUGCUUCCAUAAUCAUCGCUGGGGGAGCCGCAUCAGUUGGUGCUGGAGCCUUUCUAACUUACAACCAAAUGUUGUCAUUUGGAUUUUGUAAAGAUUUGUUGUUCAUGGGUGGCUUCUCUGACAUUGCUUACGCCGUUACGACUGUUUUGCAGCGCAAGGACUUUACGUGGGCCGAUUACGGGCGCCAAAGAAUCAGGAGUGCCAUUGGGAAACUAGACCCAAUAGAAACGAUCAAGAACAUUUACCAAUUAUCUCAAUAUGCGAAGGAAGAUAUCAGGCCACAGAUGAAAACGAACAAUGACCACACAUGGAUACAAAGAAACAGAAAUCGCAAAAGGGGAGCUGAAAGUAGCAUAGCCAACGCUCAGUUUAAAUCGGCUACGUGUAUGUAGACUGGCGAUGAUGACGAUGAAGGCCAAACUGAUGAAAUGUGCUAACAAUGAGGUCCUAUUGCUUUAACAAACAGAUACGUUAGUUUGUAAUUUUUUCAACUAAUCAAUAACCAUCAGCUGGGCGUCGACACCCGAGUUUUCAAACGACAUUAAGAGAUGUUCUCCGUGAAACACAGCCAUUCAUUCCAAAAUAGGGUUGAUGUACAACAUAAACUGUAUAUGGUAGGAGCUUUCGUAGAAUUGCUGACCAACUUUUUGGCACGCGAUGUACAUGAGACUUGAUCCAACCAGUCUACAGGCUAGCACAUUAGCUGGAGGUGAAAACUAGUACCGGGUGAGGGUUCUCUUUUUCCUCCUGUUAACAACUGACUGUCAGGACUACCUACAGAGGUCUGUAUAAAUUAUUUAUUCCGAUGUUCAUUUCUUUCUGUCCUUAUGUACAACAGCAUUCCAAUUCUCUGAGGGCUAAUUGCAUUGGGGCACGUUUUGAAGAUAAUCGCAGUUCUGGAGUUGGGGAUUAAAAACCAAUCCACCCGGGCAGUUCUGCAUUUCAAAUGGAGUCAUCAGAUGCAGAAAAGGCGUAGUUAUUUUAGGUUAUUCUUACGAAUAGAUAAGGAGUUCCGUUGGAGCACAUGUAGAAUGUGCUGCAAUCUGCUGGAUUGGCCUUGUUUCCAUCGUUUUGACACGAAAAUACAGUUGUUGUUUGUGUCGUCAGCCGCGGCGUAGUGGUGUAGGACAUGCCAGUAAUUGAAGUUAUCCAGCUCAAGUAAGAUUGGACACGAGUAAAGCCGUUAGGUAUCACGGAUUCACAUGGCGAAGCUCCAAAACUCGUGAUGCCGAUUUGGACCCACGAACCGUCAACAAGGUAAAUCAUUGGCCCCCCGCUAUCACCCUACAAUCAGAACUGCAAUUAAUUCAUGCGCUAGAAAAAAAACUCCAAAACAUUAUGUUACAUUGCAAACGCCACCUCGUGUUCUACUGGUACAAAUCAUUGUGCCGACUAUUAUACUUCCCCACGACUCUUGGCAUUUUUCAUUGGAAAUGACGGUCGUCGAGGCUUUGACAAGUACGUCACUCGUCCACUGUAUAGCUAAAAAGAUUUCUUGUUUUAGUUCCUACUUUACUAUUAUGUAAUUUAUGCUAAUCAACCGUCAGAAUAGUAGCCCCAUCCAGUAACUAUCACCGUAUUGUUGACGUGGUCGCGAUUUCCUAGAUCGGCUAGAACGACUGGAAGAAUGCCGGCUGCAGAUUAACAAAAGACUGAUUUUGUAACAAGUAAGUUAAACGAGCAUGUAUUAUUUGAAUACCGGAGAGCGGGACGCUAACUGGAAGUUUGAUGAGACCAAUAUCAUCUGGAAACGUCUCACUGGAAUAUUUGGGGUGAAUAUGAUAUUCUGUUGAUUGUAGACUGAUACGAUAUGGUUCGCUGACGGCACUUAAAUUGUGAGCUCCUAGGACUACCGUCACCGUAUCGGCUCUAUUUAAACAUUGAAAUCAAUUAUUACGAAGAUCUUUAACAUAACGUGAAGGGACCUAAUUUACCCAUCCACGCAGUGGGCUGCAGUCAUAAUCCAAUUUUGGCUGAUCAGAGAACCUCCGCAUUCUCGUUCUCUACCCUUCUUGACGAUAAUCAAAUGUGCCAUCCAGGGAAAUUCUCCGCGCGUUGCUUCUGUGCCACUAACAAUCUUCGUAUCUUUAGUGUA